GAACGGGGUUCCGUUUCGACGAUAAGACAGACGCAGCAGGAGGAGGCCGAUCGCGCAUCCCCGAGUCGACAGGAAUGGGUCAGUGCAUUGUGCCGUCGCAGUACAAGAAGCGGGGAUCGGGCGGGCUCGUGGACAGAUCCGAUCGCUCGUAGCGUAGCCACUUAGGUCGAUCGGGAGCGCGGAUACAGGAUUCGGUUUGCGUCGAGCGAGCGAGCGAGCGAGCGAGCGUUUGGAUCGCACGCGGGUCGUUUGUCGUGUCAGUCGGUCGUAUCUGAUGUGAUUUGGAGAAUUUUGAUUCAUGGCGGAAGAAUCCGAUGCGAUCGAUGAGAGCCAUGAGUUUUUCAGUCGGUGUAAGUUCACAGCAGGCCGGUAGUCGCUGAGGGGCUGCUCGACCUCAAGUAUCGUAAGUGACCUCGGCUGGGAGCUGACAAGGGCGUCGUCGCGCAAUACGGGCCCGAGUUGUGAAUCUCAAAAAUGGCGCGGGAGGUGGCAGAGAGCUGCAUCGAUAGUGUGAAUCUGGAACUGGUGCACACGUACUGUAUGCGGCUGCAUCCGACCAAGCCCGAGCUUGCUGCACGGCGCAUUGAAGCUAUUGGUUUCCAAGUCGGUCUGCAGCUCGCCGAGAGGUAUACCAAAGAACGACCGCGCUUUGCAGAUCACCUGGAAGCAAUUAAAUUUAUUUGUAAAGAUUUCUGGGCGGAAGUGUUCAAGAAGCAGAUCGACAAUUUGAAGACCAAUCAUCGGGGAGUGUUUGUUCUGCAGGAUAAUCGCUUUAGAUGGCUUACUCGAGUUUCCCUCGAUGCCCCCACAACCAGCAAUGGAUCUGCUUCCGGCGAGUCCACUCAAGCAACCUCGGCAAGAGCUUCUCAGGCUGCCGGUCAAUACCUGUAUUUCCCAUGUGGACUUAUCCGCGGGGCUUUAACAAACUUUGGAGUUGCCUGCGCCGUGUCUGCUGAAGUUUCAACCCUGCCAGCCUGUUCGUUUAUUGUUCGGAUCAAAGUCUGAAAUCCAUGUAGAUUUCUCACGUAUUUAUUCAUCUCAGGAGUAGGAAGUUGGAACAAACCCCAACCCCAAUCCCUUGGACAGUUGGCACUCGUCUUAGAAACCUCACACUUGUCACAGGGAUAUUGUGAAUGUAAAGUUCAUUGUUGAUAUCCAUAGGAGUUCAAAAGCAGCCUAGCACACGAGGAUAUUAGGUUCUAGUUGCUGUUAUGAGUUGUACUCGUCGCCGAGAUUUAUCAAGCUUUUUAGCACCUCCGGCUAUGAAAUAGCUCGCGAUUAUUUGAACGACGCUCUGAUCCUUGUCUCUGGACGUUAACUAUACUGUUGAUAGUUUUUCACAAGCAGCUUUUUUGCACUGUUU